UUUGUUAAAUGCUCCGAUUCCUGAGUGUUACUAUUAAAACUUGUAAAACAACAAAAUUCAUUAAAUUUUGAUAUUUUCGUAUUAUUCUCGAUAUUUAAGCAUCUGAGAGCAAAGGUGAAGGUGAGCAAGAACUUCUAUAAAUGUACGAAAUUAUACAAAAAAGUAUCUUUAAACUCUUUGCCGCGAUUUCGAAUACUAGGAACCAAAUCUUGAAGUAUCUAACAACGUUUGAUAAUUAAAUGUUGUUCACCUUUACGUCGACAAUUUUACAUAAAUCUAUCUGGUCUGAUGUAGUUUGCCCAACAGGAUAUUUACUCAUUAAGCACAAUAAGAAGAAAUUAACCACUUAACUGCAAAUUGCCAACUGAAGUGUACUUAAAGAAAGUUGUUUACGCAACAAGUCAUGAAUACGUCCUAACAAUUAAUGAUAUCAAUGUUUUUUGCCACAUCAUGGUAGAAAAGAAAACAAUUCAAGACUACUCCUAGAUUAUUCUCGAAUAUUCCAGUUAUAUAAGUAGUGUGAACCUAUUAGCUAACUUCUUUGGACAGAAAAUUAUGUGUAGCAAAAAUAGAAUUUAACGAUCUAAAACCAUACUCUAAUGUUAAUAUGUCAUGGACAAAUAACUCUUGUAUGGAUAUACGUAGUCAGAAAGUGUUGUAAUAUGUUAUCAAGAUAAACCAACCAAUUUUCAUUGGAACAAUAGUUUCUGCUGUCAAACGGAUUCCAUUAUCCGAAGUUGCAAAGUUUCUCCGAGUUCUAUUCGUGUUAUUAUUCAUGAUCCACUAACUGACAUUAUUAAUAGAAGACACCAAAUAAGGUAACUUAGAGAAGCGAAAAAUAAUGAUUAACAACUUAGACUGAACUGGAGUGGGAAGUAAAACCAAAUCACGUCUGCAAUUAUGUCUCCCCAAUUACAGACAGGUUUUUUUCUCGUUACUUUAAACCACAACCAACAACUUGGUUCCCAUACCAAGACUUUAAAUUGUUAUUAUGGGACCGCUGCCUCUGGAGAAUUAAUCCAAAUGAUUGACAAUUCAAUUAUCAAAGAAAACAAUUAAUCGUUAGUAUGAAAAACAAACCGCUCCAUAAUUAAUCAUUGCCUCUAGAUAGAAAGAGAAAAUGUAAGUGUAAUUAGGGAUCUUAUUAAUGAUGACGAUUCGAUCAUUUGAAAUUCCCGCUCAAAGCUCGCUUCGUACCGGUAAUUACGUUGUGUUGUGUACACUUUGUGCCCUGUCUACGAAAGAAGAAGAGAUGGAAAGAGGAAGUUUAAAAGGAACGAGGAUGUAAAAGGUUCGAAUCGCCAACAGGAAUCGCUCCGCGCGUUGUCUUGCGUUAUAAACGUUUAUUAAUUUACCGGCCUUAAUGCAGGUACCAUUAACGUUCGACGUUUAUUGCCACUAAGGUUAAUUAUUAUUCAAAACAAUCACCGGUAAUGGACGUUCAGGUUAAUUGAAAGAACCGUUUUCAUGAUGUAAUAAUGGAAACUAACGUUAGGAUUUAAUAAAAAUUAUUUAAAUUCUUUGAUAUCAAAUAAUUAGAAAUUUAUAUUGAGUUAUUAAAAAUAUGUUGGUAAUUGGUAAUCGCGAACUUCACGUUAGUAUAAUCGCGUCAUUAUAACGUCAAAAUUUGUGCCAAUAUUUAAAUUUUAGUGUUUAUUCGAAAACGUAAAGAAAAAUUUGUGUCAACCGAUUUGUUCAACAAAAAAUCUGACAAAAUGAUGACCACAACUGUAAAAGCCCUCAUGACGCAUGUAGCGCCUGGGCUGCAUUCAACAAGAUGUACGAACAAGGUGAGCGUUAUUGGAGCCGGAACGGUCGGAACAGCGAUUGCUUUUUCUUUGCUGGCGCAGAAUAUCACGUCCGAAUUGGUGUUGAUCGACAAGAAUGAAUCAUUAGCCCGAGGUGAAAUGUUAGAUAUUCAACACGCAACGAUGUAUUUGAACAGUCCUCAAAUCUCCUCUAGCUCAGAUUAUGCAACUACGCACGAUUCGAAAAUUGUUAUAGUUACUGCUGGUUCGCAAAACGUCGGGGCUGGAAAAAUAGAAUGUACUGCAAGGCAGAAUACGGAUAUUUUUAAAGAAAUCAUUCCAAAAGUUGUUACCCAAAGUCCUGAUUGCAUUUUAAUCAUCGUUUCACAACCAGUUGAUAUUAUGACAUACAUUGCAUGGAAGUUAAGUGACCUUCCACCCUACCGAGUGAUUGGUGCCGGAACAAUCCUAGAUUCUGCCAGAUUCCGGUAUUUAAUAGCUCAACGUUUAGAAGUGGAACCAAGCACAUGUCAGGCGUUCAUAAUCGGAGAAUAUGGCAGAAAAUCAGUUCCAGUGUGGUCCGCCGUCAGUGUAUCCGGUGUACGUCUACGCGAGGUUAACCCCAACCUUGGAACUGAUGACGAUCCCGAAGACUGGCAGGAAAUUCAUAAACAAGUAGUUGAAAGUAAUAUUGAAGUGUGCAAAUUGAAACAUGCUGGAUCUUGGGGGAUGGCUUUAAGCAUUUCAAGAUUGGUCAGAGCUAUAACUGAGGAUUUAAGAGAAUGUUUUCCAAUAUCAACACAUAUUAAGGGCUGUCGCCAUGGCGUCGAUAAGGACGUGUUCCUGUCUUUACCGUGCAUUAUAGGCAGCUCCGGGGUCGUGAAUAUCGUCAGACAGAAUUUAAGUGAUUUGGAGAAGGAUAUGAUACAAAAAUCUGCCGAUUAUAUGAACGAAUUGCAAAAGAAAUUAAUGGAUAGAUAAAAAUAUCAUCAUGUAUCAUCAAACAAAUCACCCUUUAUUAAAUAAAUCAUUAUUUAUCUUUAA